AUGGAGAGUGACAGUCUCACUCCCUCCACUCUGCCCUGCCCUGAUCUGCCCUGCUUCCCUUUCACCAUUUCCUGCCCGAUUCCGUCGCAGUCUGCAAGCAGCAAGCCCACCGACCUGCUGCUGCUGGCGUUCGGCGCCGCCGACCUGCUGGGCCUCACCUCCCACGUCUGGACGCUCGCGCUGUCCGCGGCGGGCGCCAUCGUCUACUCGCUGGCCGUCGGCGUCGCCAGCGUGGUCUGCAACCUCGCCGUCGUGGUGGCAGCCACGGAGCCCGGGUGCGCGGGCCACGCCGCGGUGCUCAGGGCCUGCGUGGCAAUCAGGGGCCGGGUGUCCACGGCGCUGGCGCUGGCGCUGCCCACUAACCUGGCCGAGGCGCUGUUCGGGCUCCGCGUCGUCGCGCAGCGACGGAGGGACGGCAGGCUCGCGCCGGGCGUCGCCGGCGAGGCCUUCUCGAUCGCCUACAUCCACGCCAUCUGCGUCGUGCUGGAGAUCAUCGUCAGCUGCAUGUUCUACAGGAGCUGCAAGAGGAGUGAAGCCGACGAGCUCAGAGAGCUCGAGCCAGAGGAGAAGGGAGACCUCCAGGCUUGA